AUGGCACCACGCACAUACAACCCGUGCUCAUACCUGCCACGGCGCCUGCAGAUAGUGACCAGUCUGGCCCUAUUCAUCCUGUUCUGCAUUGUCCUCUUUGGCCAGUCGACCGUCGAUGUACCUUAUCGCGAUGAAGUCAACGAAGGCGCGCGAAGAGUAUCCUCAUACCUGCCCAAGACACCGAGUCUCCCACAAGGCCUCAACCCAUUCAGGACGCCGGCACAUUCACCACCACCCGAGCAGGCCAACAGCACCAGCGGCGAAGCAAGAUGGUUUUCCGACUGGAAGUGGAUGAACCCCUUUUCCUCGUCAAUUACACUCGACGAGAACAGGGCGGUGCUGCCCCCUCUGGGGAAAAGACCCNCGGUAUACACAUAUUUCGACGCCGACUGGUACAAGGACGAGACGGCUCUCGAAUCUGUCCACCACCUUCUCCUGAUCUGGAGACGCGCUUGGUGGGCUCAAGGCUUCAAGCCUGUCGUUCUGGGCCGCCCUGAAGCCAUGAACAACCCUCUGUACACAAAAUUGAUUCCUCUGGAGCUGGAAGACGAGCUCAAGACAGACGUGAUGCGAUGGCUCGCAUGGGGCAACAUGGGAACCGGUGUCAUGGCCAACUAUAUCGCAUUGCCUAUGGCUGCACAUAACGACCCUUUGCUCUCCUACCUGCGUCGCGGUGAAUACCCCCAGCUCACGCGAUACGAAGGUCUGGAGAGUGGCUUGUUCGACGGUCCCAAAGAUCAGAUCAACAAGGCCAUCGAACAGGUCCUCAAUGCUAAGAAGCCCGUCAUGGCCAAGUCCGUCAUCGAAAUGCUAUCCAAGGAUACCAUCCACGUCGACAACAACCAGAAAGCCAUUGCCUUCUAUUCGAGCAAGAACAUCAACAAAUACUACAAGGCCAUUGCCGAGAAACUGGCGUCGGACGACAAGGAUAUAAGCCGUGAAGGUCUGCGUCUGCUUCCUCAGCUCAUCAUCUCGCAUCUGCACACCACCUGGCAGAACUCAUUCAGCAGCGGCAUUGCCGUCUUGAAACCGCUGCCAGACCACAUGUUCACUCUUGUCAAGCCAGCCAUCGAUCUUGCUCGCAAUCUGUCACAAUGCACCGAAUCGCCGCAACCUUCAUCUUGCCCGCCAAAUCAACAGAAGUGUGUUCCCUGUGUGAGCAGCCACCCACUUCGCAUCAGCCAGCCCAUGUACUUCCGCAACACUUCGGACCUCUUCACCAUCGGCACUGUACCCCACCCCUACACCAUGGCAUCUCUACAACACCAAACCGAAUCUCUAACCGUACGCUUCAUCCGCCGCACAACCAAACGCGACGAAUGGCUCCUAGCCGCAACAAAAGAGUUCCUGGGCACAGGCAUGAGCAGUUUCGCCCGUAUCCCCCACCUCAAAGACGCCGUCGCUUCCGACUACGGCAGCGCCCGCUCCCUCUGGCUAACACCCGAAAACCUAUCCGAGGAAAACAACGCUAUACUCCGUCGCGACCUUGCUUGGUCACUGGGCUUCCCUGUGCCAACCAUUGAAUCUACACUCGACUCCGGCCGCUCAGAGACACCCGUGCCGGGUCCUGAACGUCGCCCUCCAGCACCAAAACCCGAAGGCAGGGUCCCUGAUCCCGUGGAACUUGUGCGCGAAGGCACGCUCCUCGAUAAAGCGAGAUUGGUGCUCAAGGGCAAAGGCCCUCGUGACAGUGUUCGCAUCCGUGACGCAGUGGAAGCCUGGAACCUGGCCGAUACCGAGUUGUGGAGAUUCGUGCGUGCAUGGAACGCGAGGAGGAGUGUUGAGAGGAGAAAGUGGGAGGAUGAUGAAAAAGCUNUUGCUGGUACCGAGGGCAGUAAAGGUAGUUGGAGCCGUUGGUUCGAUCGCGAUUGA